AUGAUGAAUGACCUGACCCCCGAGCUGGGCAGGAGGAGACGAGCGGCUUGGGGAGCGUAUAAGAGCAUCGAGGAUGUAGUGAAGAAGACCAGAAACACCCGCUGGGCAUUUCGCAAGCAGGAAGAAAACGCGGUGACCAUCACUGAAGGCGCAGUUGAGAGAGUGACACUAGAAGCAUCCCGCUUCACGCAAGUGAAGGACGGGAUUCGAAGUCCUCUCCUACCUCAGCGACCGGAGAUUACAGACACCGCUGCGUUUGCAAAGGAAAGUAAAAUAAGGUGGACCGGACACGUGAUGCGCUUUAACGGCAACCGUUGGACUAGAGCAGUGAGCGACUGGGUUCUCCGCAAUAUUAAGCGCACUACAGGAACACCGCCAACCCGAUGGUUAGAUUUCUUCACGAAGUCCUUCAAAGAAAUUUAUGAUUCUCUUCGUAUCCCACGGGAAAGGAGAAGCAAUGGGGUGCCUCUGGCACGGGACAAAUGGAAGAGUUACUGGCGCCCGCUCGACCAGUUGGAAGAUCAACAGGAGUCAAGCCGCGUACGAAGAAACUAUGUCAUUUAUGAGAAAGCCGAUGCUGAAGCCGAAACCAAAGUCGAAGAGGAGGACAAAACUGAGGGAAAGGACAAAGCCGAAGAGAAGGAGAAAGUCGAAGAAAAGGAGAAAGCCGGAGAGAAGAAAGCCGAAAAGAAGGACCAAGCCGAAGAGAAGAAAAAAGCCGAAGAAAGGGAGAAAGCCAAAGAGAAGGAGAAUGCCGUAGAAAAGGAGAAAGUCGAAGGGAAGGACAAAGCCAAAGCCGUUUAA